CGGGUGGUCAGCCUGGCCAGAUUUCACCAUCCAUUUGGGAUGGCAAAUCUGGUCGGGGAGGAAGCUGCCAGGGUGUUUCAAUAUUAGUGAAAGCAGCAGUGGUAACCAAGGUCUUGCUGGCCAUCUUGGAGUCACAGUUAGAUCUCAGCGGUGCAGGAGGAAAAGUGUAUAACAAAUGGUGAGGCCAGGCAUGGGCUAAGGCAUCCUGGCUUAGCAAGCUAUCAGGCUCCACCAAGGAGGCUCAUCUGCACCCCACCAGAUUCUCCCAGAUCUUGGCUACCACCUCUGGGUGCCUCCCCUGAGCUAACUAAAUAUCUUUCUCCCAUAGGGCACUGACCCUAACUAGACUCUUACUGUACUGUUAUACACUCUGAGCCACCAGUGAGGCAAUGCUAAAGCUUCUGGCAAUUUGGGGUAACCCACAUCCAGAUCCCACACCCACAUUGAUGUUCCUGCUUUCAUUAGUCCAUCAUCAGCAGACAGCUGAUACCACAUAUUUGAUUGGAAACCAUAAAAAUAUUUGCCACACUAUGGGGUAUUGAUUCCUACCUAAAGCAAUGACUAAUUCUUAGUGAAUCUAGCCUUAUGUCAGUGAACUGUUAUCUGCUUUGGAACUCUUCCCUAUGUUCUCUGUGAGUCUAAACACCACAAUGUGAGAGAGGAGGGUGGAUGUGUUCCAGAUGGCCUGCUCCUUGGUGUAGGCACCAUGAGCCAGGUGUCCAAAUAUGGCAGUAUCCUGCCAUAUUCAGAGACAAAUCCACUUGUAUUUUGUAAACAUGUAUGGUGUUCAGGAGAGGCCAAAUGGCAGGACUUUGAAUUAGAAUCCCUGUCCUUAGAAGGCAAAUUUAUGAAGCAUCUGCAUUCUCAGGCAAUGGAAACAUAAAAAUGUGCAUCCCGCUCAGAUCUAACAUUAGGCAGAAACUGAUCUUUUUUUGUACAACAAAAUGGUUUGAAUUGAAGUUGAAUUCAAUUCUCUGUUGCACCAAGAGAGAAACAUCUUGAGACAGGGUGAAAACUUUAUAGGAGUCUAAGCUCAAUGAGGCCUUGAGCCCCCCAAAAGGUGGCGGCUAGCCGUAUUGCAAGGCUUUGACCCCCAUUUAGGACCCACCAUACAGGGUAGAUGAGGGGCACUCAAACACUUAAAAGAAAUCUGAGAAUAUGGGCCCUCCCCCUACUGAAUGCAAUUGCAAAGCAGAUGGGCCCCCUGUUGGCAUUCAAAGACAAAACUGACUUUCUGGUUCAUUUGGCCAUGAUGGUUUUGUAAUAAAGAAACCUUUACCCACUUCUUAUCAAGUGCUUCUGUGCCUGGCCCAAAGAAUGACCUCAGCACACAAGAUAGGUUUGACUAAACCAUACCUUGCUAGCAUAGAAACAAAGUUGCCCCAUGUCUUGGCCAAGGUGUUGCGUUACCAGGAGUGAUUUGUCAAUUAAUUCCUUUACAGGGCAGUUAACAUCUGCAAAUUGGAGUGACUAAUCCAAUGCUAGCAGCAGAAUAGCAAGCUUAUUGUGAGUGUGUGCCACACUUGUUGCAAUGUUGUACAUUUUCACUAAGGAGUCAUCAGUGUAGUGGACCAGUGAUGUAACACCAGCAUCAAUGACAAGCAUGGCCAAAUAUGACCUGCUCAUUAUUCAUCAUAUUGGUCAAAGCAAAUGCCCUUGUGCCCAGGCACAGGUAAGCUGGAGCCUACAUAAAUCCCCCAAGUCCCUGCACUGUGGGACAACAAACCCUGCCACCAUAUGUGCCAUCAGAAAAGUGCAUCAAGUUCAGUAUACCCUUUGAUUCAUUGCACCAUCCAAAACUACUUGAACACAUUCUUGCAUUCACCUGCUAAGGGACAAGAAGGACUGACCACGGACCAGUAAUGGUUGUUGAGCUAUGAGCUAUUGUUGAGAAUUGCCAACCUUUAAGUUACAUUGCCUCAGUUCCUGGGUCAUUGAUUUCCUAGCCACAAUGAGAGUUGAUUCAUUUAGAGAGUAACUCUACUGCUUUUUGUGGGUCGUCGCUGGUACUGGGCAUUUGUAAUUGCUAAGCUGUAUAGAUUGAGGGGCUUGUGCAAGUUUUGGCUCUUACAGCUGCUAAGUGAAUAGCUCCAUAAUGUGUUUACAAAUGUAAGAAGUAGAAAGGGAAUUAUGUAUAGUAAAGGUAAUUAUAUUGCUAUAUAUUGUGUUGUAAUUCACACUGUAGCCUUGGCAUGUGUGCACAUGUGCACAAUUUGGUGUUACACACCAGCCCUGGUGAUUAGGGGGGAGUGAAACCAAAAUAUUGCAGAAAUGUACUAAUUGUCCUGUAAUGGACUGGCAUCCCAUUCAGGGAAAGGGGAACCUGACCAGGCUAAAGCCAAAAUAACAACAGUAAUAAUAAUACAACCAGGACUAAAUACUAUAUACAGAGUCUGAUGAUGUGGCUGUCAUACACUUUAAUACACGGUGCUCUAAUUAUUGGCAAAAAAUAUUGUAUAAAAUAAAUAACACACACAAUUCAAAUUGUCCACAAUAAUAGUAUAAAUAAUAAUAAACAAUAGUAUAAAUAAGAAUAAUAAAAAAACAUUUCUCAUUAGAACUGCUUUUUUAAAAUAAUAAGUAUUUUUAGUUAAUAAUAAUAAUAAUAAUAAUAGUUACCAACAUCCAUAAGGAAUAUUUAGAAUAAAUGAAUAAAAUUGUCAUUAUAUUUGUAAUUGCAAUUUUAAUUGUAACCGUGCCCUGUUGCCUUGCUAUACUUGUAUGAGGAUGCAUGCAACACUUGUGUAAAUUUCCUUUGUUAUUUAUUACCAUGGGGAAAAUUUUAGAUUUUUUUAAAUGGAUUUAUAAAAAUACAUAAAAAAAAAAAAUACCAAUAAGCACAAUUAGUGAUAAAAACAAAAAUAAUAUAUGAAAGAGUUUUGACAUUUCCAGGAAUUGGACCCAUGAGCACACAGUGUCCCCAUGGUUUAGUUGAGUGUGAUUUGUUAAUAAUUAUUUCUAUAAAAAAAAAAAUUUAAGUAGCAAAUCAAUAGGAAGUCCUUCCUGAGAGUAUCUCAGAAUGCUGUGCCUGAAUUUCACAGAGCAUCUUUAGAAAUUGGCAUCAUGUGUUGUGGUGUUACAUGAAACCAAAAUCAAGUUUUUUGGUCAUGCACACAAUUCAAUAAAAAAACUAUAUAUAUGUGUGUGUGUAUAUAUACACCGAUCAGCCUAAUAAUGUGUAGGUCCUCUUUGUGGCACCAAAACAUCUCUGACCCAUCGAGGCAUGGACUCCAGAAGACCUUUUGAAGGUGUGCUGUGGCAUCUGGCACAAAGGCAUUAGCAGCAGAUCCUUUAAGUCCUGCAAGUAGUGAUGUGAGGCCUCCAUGGCUCGGACUUGUUUGUCCAGCACAUCCCACAGUCCUCUGGACUGAGAUCUGGGGAAAUUGGAGACCAGGUCUACACCAUGAGCUCUGUCAUGUUCCUUAAACCAUUCCUGAACAGUUAUUGCAGUGCUGCAGGGAGCAUUAUCCUGCUGAAACAGGCCACAGCCAUUAUGAAAUAUUGCUGCCAUGAAGGGUUGUACUUGGUCUGCAGUAAUGUUUAGGUAGGUGGUACAUGUCAAAGUUACAUCCACAUGAAUGCCAGGACCCAACGUUUCCCAGCAGAACAUUACCCAGAGCAUCACACUACCUCUGCAGCUUGCCUUCUCCCUAUAGUGCAUAAUGCUGCCAUUUUCCCAUCAUAGCGUGCAUUAACUUUUUUUCAGCAAUUUGUGCUACACUAGCUCUUCUGUGGGAUCAGACAAGAAGGGCUAGCCUUCGUUCUCCACAUGCAUCGAUGAGCCUUGGGCGCCCGUGACACUGUCACCAGUUCACUGGUUGUCCUUCCUUGGAACAUUUUUGGUAGGUACUAACCACUGCAUACCUGGAACACCCCACCGGACCUGUUAUCUUGGAGAUACUCUGACCCAAUCAUCUAGCCUCACAAUUUUGCCCAUCAAAGUCUCUCAGAUCCUUACACUUACCCAUUUUUAAUGCUUCCAACAUAUUAACUUUGAGAAAUGACUGUUCUUCAAGAGCAGUUACUCACUUUACCUGUCAGUGGUUUUAAUGUUAUGGCUGAUCGCAAUAAAUCAGUGUUUUGCAGUGGCCACCUCAGUAUUCGCAUACCGUGGUCUGAAUUGAAGAAGGAAGUCCAUGUGCACAAACAUAAGAAUAUAAAGGAGCUUAAAAUAUUCUACAUGAAGGAGUGGACUAAGAUGUCGCUACAAGAGUCUCCAACCUUGUUCAUCAUUACAGGAAGUGACUAGUGCUCUUAGUCUUUCCAGGACUGGUAUCACUACAUAUUAAUUGUAAGGUUGCAGAAAAUUUUGAAACUAGUGUUAAAAAAUAGAUAAACAGAUUUAAAAAAACAACAACAACUUUAGUAUAAUUAUAGUGUGAUAAAUUGAUAGUGAACACUAGAUUCUUUAAGUUAACAAAAACAAUUAUUAUUAUUAUUAUUAUUAUAAGCCAGAUGAAGCGUGAGAGAUGCUAUCAAAAGCACCAUGAUGAUGAUGAUGAUGAUGAUGAUGAUAAAGAUUAGAUGUUUAGGAUUAUAGCCUACAAUCCAAAAAUCAUACAAGGUAUAGUAAGUAUGUUGUGGUGAUGGAAAGGUCUGAAUAGCUAAUGUUUUUGCUUUCUUUUUUGCCAUGUGUUCCCAGUGAAAAUAUCAGAAUUUAAUGUGAGGGUUUAGAUGGCAGAAUACAUUAGGGGGGAAAAUACUUAUUUUCAUGCACAGCUGAAAGAGUGCAGCAUUCUGUUGGAGCGUGCAGUCUGAAAAUGGCAAAUCAGAAAAGAAGCACUGUGCUGCCAUUAUAAGGGUCAUCAAGACAGCCAUCAUCAUCAAGGACACCAUUACAGGAAGGCAUUUAUACAUCAUCAUCAUCAUCAUCAUCAUCGUCUCUGUGCCUUCAUCAUCAUCAUCAUCAUCAUCAUCAUCAUCAUCUCUGUGCCUUUAUUAUCAUCAUCAUCAUCAUCAUCAUCAUCAUCAUCAUCAACCCCUCAUCAUGAUCAGCACAGCCAUUAUAGUCAUCAUCAUUAUCAUUAGGCUGGGUAAUCAUCCACCGAGGGUUUCUUGCAAGCCCAAUAUAAAGGCCGACUCAGAAUCUCGCACUCAUUUCCUCUGUGUGUGAGGAGAGAGCUUCAUGAGUGAGGGAGAAAGAGACAGAGCCAUGUUAUAGGCAGGCAGUGUAGUCUGUGCUUUCAGUAUUCAGUAUUUGUUCCUGCAGGAUACUGCAACCUCUUUUAACUGUCUAAUAUCAGUCUGCCUAGUUUCCAACUGGGUGACGAAGAGAGCUCCUCCUUCAGCCACCUCAGCAUGGAGAGUGACACCCACGACCUACGCACUGCUGAGAACGAGCGAGAGGGUGCGAGAUCCGAGCCUGCGUUCCCUCUCUACGUCUCCUGCAGGGGCUGCGAUCAGCUCCUUGAUGAAGAUGAGCACUCAUGCCAGCGCUGCUCUAAACGGGAUGGAUCCAGCAUAGGGGACAGGAGUGUCCACAUAGGAGCACAGCCUGUGCUCAAAGGGGCAGAUGGAGAGCGAGAGGGUGCGAGAUCCGAGCCUGCGUUCCCUCUCUACGUCUCCUGCAGGGGCUGCGAUCAGCUCCUUGAUGAGGAUGAGCACUCAUGCCUGCGCUGCUCUAAACGGGAUGGAUCCAGCAUAGGGGACAGGAGUGUCCACAUAGGAGCACAGCCUGUGCUCAAAGGGGCAGAUGGAGAGGGAGCGGGACCUGAGAACGGCCAGCAGAAGCUGAACUCUUGUCCGCUGUGUGGCUUUUCCUCGCGUUACACCAACCAUGUAAAGAGGCACAUGAAGACGCACAACGGCGAGAAGCCAUACCGCUGCUCUCUGUGCUCCUACGCCUCCGCACAGUUGGUCAACCUGCAGCGCCAUUUACGCAUCCACACAGGAGAAAAACCCUACCAGUGUGAGUACUGCACCUUCGCCUGCAGUUCCCUGGGCAACCUGAAGAGGCACCAGCGCAUGCACACAGUUGCAAAUCCUGCUCAGAACAUACAACAGCGAAUGCACACUGCCAUAAAUCCAGGCCAAAAUACACAUCAGAAUAUGCACGCAGUCACAAAUCCUGCACAGAAUGCACAGCGGAUGAUGAGCGGCCUCAGCCUUUUAGGUUCUGUUGGAUGCCAGAGUCUAAAAGAGGAUGCUCCUCGUGCCUCGAGGGAAGUGCUUCAGUCCUCGGAAAUGAUGAAAGGGAAUUUGAGCAUUGGCAGAGACAGCGGAUAUCUCAAGGCUUUUGCAAGGCUGAAGUCAGAGCAGCAGUCGUGCACCCGGGCACAGCCUGGCGUUCUGCCUCCUCUGCUCUUCCCUUUCACGUGCAGGCUAUGUGGCCUGGUCCUGGAUGGCGAGGACGGGUCGUCAGCGCAGAUCUGCGCCAAGUGCACCUUGGAAAUGCUGACUAAAGAUGCAGCAGGUAGCGUCAGCGAGCGGGGACACCGAGGGGACCGGGUGUACACGUGUGCCGCUUGCCCGUUCCUCACACACUACCCCAACCACCUGGCCCGGCACAUGAAGACGCACAGCGGCGAGAAACCCUACAAGUGCCCACAGUGCCCAUACGCUUCGGCCCACUUCGACAACCUGAAGCGGCACCACCGUGUGCACACUGGCGAAAAGCCCUACAAGUGCCACCUGUGUGACUACGCCUGCGGAAAUUUGGCAAACCUAAAACGGCACCAGCGGGUUCACUCAGGUGCCAAACCUUUCCAAUGCAGCGUCUGCAGCUACAGCUGCAACCAGAGCAUGAACCUGAAGAGGCACAUGCUGCGUCACACAGGCGAGAAGCCACACAAGUGCCAUGCGUGCACAUACACUACAGGCCACUGGGACAACUACAAGCGGCACCAGAAGAAACACGUAGCAGGAACAGAAGAGUGGGAUACAGUGCCGCUGCCCGCCAAUGAGGAAGAGGCAGAGAUUGACGAGGAGGAGGAGGAGGAGGAGAAAGAAGAGGAGGUAUAGCCUGGCAAUGGGAGGAACAAUUGCAGUAUGAUAAGAUUAUAUAAAAUUGAGAUGAAGUGUUACAGUACCAGCAUAAGCUUUGUUCUUGGUUGUUUUUUUUUUGCACCCUUUGUGUCAUUAUGUUUCCAGCUGCUAAAAAGACUUGUGCACAGACUGUUUUCAUUCCCUUUGCGUAGGGUUGGAUGGGUAAUUCAAGACUCUGGAUCAGAGUGCCCUUGCUUCAUCAGUGCCAUACAGACAUUUUAUAAUGCUACCUAGAUGAAAUCCAAUUUCUCCUUCAUCGUAAAUCUCGCACGGAUGUUCAUUGAUCUGCGGUGCCACAGAGCCAUGUGUCCUUACUGGCUGAACCGUCUGUGGUUUCUCUGAGGCCUUUGCUGCUCAAACGGAUAGUUUUAAACCUUCACUACAUCCCUUUACAGUGCCAAAACUGAAUCCUAACCACAGCAGCUUUUACAUUUUCAAAUGUCAUUUUAUUUAAUAGCGACAGUGUUGCUCCUUGGUUGUAUGUCUUAACUGUGGACUUCUGUCUGAUGUUAAAAUAGUGCAUAGUAAACAUUUAGAAUGUCCUGAUUUAUGUAAAGCACUUAUUUUUGUAGGUGGUUUGUUCGUUAAAAAGAAUGUUUGGCAUGCCUUUGCCAUCAGUGGCAUUAACUAAAAGAAAAGGGACCAUGAAUUCUAUAUGCAGUUUAUAACCUUCAGGUUGCCAAAAAAUGAUUGAGAUGGAUUCCUUUCGAUGUGUGGUGCUUAAGUGCUCUCUUGUAAUUAUGCAGUCAUUUCAUAAUUGCCUUAAAUAUCCUGGAAUAAAGUACUCUGUGGUGAGACUUGUGUAUGAUGCAUGAUGAAAUAUAAUGGGGGCUGAACAGUGGCAUGAAAAAGCUAAACUGGCUGUUAUCAAAACUUACUGGCAACUCUUUUCUUUUUCUUUUUUUUUUUUGCAGGGGUGAAAUGGCUACCAGACUGCGUUUGGAGCAAAGUUUGUGGUAGUUAGUAAACAAACUUCCUUGUGCUAUUGUUUUUAUGACAGUAUUGUAGUGUCAUAAAAGCCACUCUGCAUUAUGAAUCUACAUUACAGACCAAAAGUACCUUCAUUUUCUACAGAUGCCUUUUGGAAAAAUGUGAACCUGUCCAGGGGUCAUAGACUUAUUUAAUUCGCCAUGAGCUGGAAUUAAAUUAUUCUUUCAGAUUUCACAGAAAUCCAUCACCGAAUCUUUUCCCUGCUAACUCGUUCACGUCAACACAGGAAAUUAGCUGAAGCAGGUGUGUUAGAACCGGGGAAACGUUAACUAGAGCAACACACUCACUCCUUUUAAUCAUAGCCGUGUCAUUUGUGGUCACAUCACAAUCAAUCAGAUAUACCAUGAAUUAUAAGGGGCAGUGGUAGCCCAACAGUUAAGAUGUUGGAUUACUGAUGGGAAGGUCAUGAAGGAGUUCAAAUCCCAGGACCACCAAGCUGUCACUGUUGGGCCCUUGAGCAACGUCCUUAACCCUCAGCUGCUCUGAUGUAUAAAAGAUAAACGUAAGUCGCUCUGGCUAAGGGCGUCUGCCAAAUGCCGUAAAUGUAAAUGUUAUUCAAGUGCACAGGAAAGACACCACGACAUAGAAAUGCAGAGAUUUGGCAUCUACUUUUAUUGAAAUCCAUGACAUUGCUUUUAAAUGUUUAAAGAACUGCUAGGCUCUGUGUGACAUUAAGAAUAUAUACCAUAAACCCCUUGUAGAUAUGCUGCUGGUGAACAUACUGAAGUUGACGCUCACAUAUUCUAACAAGUCAGAAAACACAUUCACUCUUUACACUUGAUCAAGUUGAGAAUGACUUCUUCAAAUCAUCAAGACUCAGACAAGUUAGAUAAAUCAUAACUCAGAUCAGUCUUGUUCUGGUGGGUAAACAGCACUCGCACUGGAGAACAUCUCUCUGGAAUGAAGCUUCUCAUUUACUCAGAUUGAACAAUUUUGCCAUGCAAAGAUUAAAAUAUAUAUAUAUAUAUAUUAACCCACCACCAGCCUGAAAUAUGAAAUGCAGCUUUUUUUUUUUUUUCCAUCUGGUCCUCUGAGAUGAUUGCUACAAUGCAUUUUAUAAAGCACAAAAUGGUCUGUGGUUUUUCAACCAAGAAAAAAAAAAAAAAAAAAAAAAUAUACAGAA